GUGUCUGAAAGCCCCGCCGCCGAGCGGAGGGCGGCCGCCGCAGUCGGCGCGGGAUCGCGGAGCCGGGCGCAGCCGGGAGCCGGGCGCCAGCGAGCAGCGGGCCGAGCAGCAGCCAGCGGCCCCCGCCUCCGGGCCGGCCCGAGCGCGCCCGGCCGGCCGCCCGCUCCCCCCCCCCCACACCCCCGCCGCCGCGACCCCCGCCGCGCCGCCGCGACCCCCGCCCCCGCCCCCUUCAUCCUCGCCCGGCGCCGCCGCCGCCGAUCCGCGGACAUGUCCUUCCCGCAGCUGGGCUACCCGCAGUACCUGAGCGCCGCGGGGCCCGGCGCCUACGGAGGCGAGCGCCCGGGAGUGCUGGCCGCGGCCGCCGCCGCCGCCGCCGCCGCCUCGUCUGGCCGCCCGGGGGCGGCGGAGCUGGGCGCGGGCGCGGCCGCCGUCACCUCGGUGCUGGGCAUGUACGCGGCGGCCGGCCCGUACGCGGGCGCGCCCAACUACAGCGCCUUCCUGCCCUACGCCGCCGACCUCAGCCUCUUUUCGCAGAUGGGCUCACAGUAUGAACUCAAAGACAACCCUGGGGUGCACCCUGCCACCUUCGCAGCCCACACGGCGCCAGCCUACUACCCCUACGGCCAGUUCCAGUACGGGGAUCCCGGGCGGCCCAAGAACGCCACGCGCGAGAGCACCAGCACGCUCAAGGCCUGGCUCAAUGAGCACCGCAAGAACCCCUACCCCACCAAGGGCGAGAAGAUCAUGCUGGCCAUCAUCACCAAGAUGACCCUCACGCAGGUGUCCACCUGGUUCGCCAACGCGCGCCGCCGCCUCAAGAAGGAGAAUAAGGUGACGUGGGGUGCGCGCAGCAAGGACCAGGAGGACGGAGCCCUUUUCGGAAGCGAUACAGAGGGCGACCCCGAGAAGGCCGAGGACGAUGAGGAGAUAGACCUGGAGAGCAUUGACAUCGACAAAAUCGACGAGCAUGACGGCGACCAGAGCAAUGAGGACGAUGAGGACAAGGCCGAGGCCCCUCGCGCGCCGGCGGCACCGACGGCCCUUGCUCGAGACCAGGGCUCGCCGCUAGCAGCUGCCGACGCGCUCAAGUCCCAGGACUCGCCCCUGGGCCUGGUCAAAGAGGUCCCGGAGCCUGGCAGCACGCGCCUGCUGAGUCCCGGCGGCGGGUCGGGUGGCCUGCAGGGCGCCCCGCACAGCAAGCCCAAGAUCUGGUCCUUGGCCGAGACCGCCACGAGCCCCGACGGCGCGCCCAAGGCCUCACCGCCUCCUCCCUCCGGCCAUCCCGGCGCGCACGGGGCCCCCGCGGGUGCGCCGCUGCAACACCCCGCCUUCCUGCCCAGCCACGGACUGUACACCUGCCACAUUGGCAAGUUCUCCAACUGGACCAACGGCGCGUUCCUCGCGCAGGGCUCCCUGCUCAACAUGCGCUCCUUCCUGGGCGUCGGCGCGCCCCAAGCCGCGCCGCACGGCCCGCACCUGCCCGCGCCGCCGCCGCCGCAGCCCCCAGUCCCUGUUGCUACAGGGGUGCUCCACGGUGACAAGGCCUCUGCUCGCAGCAGCCCCGCGCUCCCAGAGAGAGACCUCGUCCCCAGGCCGGACUCGCCGGCACAGCAGUUAAAAUCUCCCUUCCAGCCCGUGCGCGACAACUCACUGGCCCCGCAGGAGGGAACGCCGCGGAUCCUAGCAGCCCUCCCGUCCGCCUGAUUCAGGGUCUUCUGUUACUUUUGCGGGGGGAGGGGGGAGGAGUUCGGGAGGGAGGGAUGCGGGAGGAAUUAGGACAAAUAUUUCAGACUGGUGUAAAGACAAAUACAGCCACGACGUCGACGACUCCCAUCCAUCGCUUUCUGCAGAAAGGGGUUCGUCCGGGCAGCCUGGCCUCUGCCCCCAGCUCUGGUGGCGGUCACCAGGCUCUGGUGCACUAUCCGCUCGGUAAACGCCCCACGUGCUUGUGUCUUUUUUUUUUUUCCCCCUUCUUUCUGUAUAUAGAGUGAUUUCAGAUUGUAAAUAGCGCGUCAGCGAACUUGUCUAAAUCAUAUAUUUUUGUCUAAUAAACUAAAUGAAAUGAU